UCUCUCUCUCUCUCUCUCUCUCUACCUUAAAACCCUAAUCCAAUGGCCACCGCCCAACCCUCCGAGAACGGCACCCGCGAACCCGACCCGCAACCCGAAUCCGCCGCGGCGCCCGACUCCGCCCCAACCGAAAAUCCAAACCAAGACUCCGAAUCCGCCCCCAAAUCGGACUCCGAGGCUCCGGCGACGACUUCCAGCGGCGACGCCUUAUCCGCCGCCGAUAAGAGAUGGCCUGGGUGGCCCGGCGACUGUGUUUUCCGGCUGAUCGUGCCGGUUCUCAAGGUCGGGAGCAUUAUCGGAAGGAAGGGGGAGCUGAUUAAGAAGAUGUGCGAGGAGACUCGAGCUCGCAUUCGCGUCCUCGACGGCGCCGCGGGGACUGCUGAUCGCAUCGUGUUGAUCUCUGGAAGGGAAGAGCUGGAGGCACCUCUUUCCCCUGCAAUGGAUGCUGUAAUAAGAGUAUUCAAACGUGUCUCUGGAUUAUCUGAGAAUGCAGGCGAAGCAGAGUUGGCUGGUGCUGCUGGAGUUGCGUUCUGUUCCAUCCGUAUGUUAGUAGCAUCCACACAAGCAAUUAAUUUGAUUGGAAAACAAGGGUCGUUAAUUAAAUCUAUACAGGAGAGUACUGCUGCUUCUGUGCGUGUAUUGUCUGGAGAGGAGGUUCCGUUCUAUGCUGCAGCUGAUGAGAGGAUCAUUGAAAUGCAGGGAGAAACCUUAAAGGUGCUUAAAGCUGUAGAAGCAGUAGUGUCUCACCUGAGGAAGUUUUUGGUCGAUCAUAGUGUUCUUCCUCUAUUUGAGAAAACUUACACGGCUCCAAUUUCUCAAGAACGUCAACCGGAUCCUUGGGCUGACAAGUCGUUGCUUCAUACCACAACUCAACCUGGAGGUAUCACUAAUUAUCCUCUCACAGCUACACGGGAUUCUUUGUUCCUCAGCCGUGAGACACAGUUGGAAUCACAACUCCCAUCUGCUGGACUUUCCAUUUAUGGACAAGAGGCUUCUCUUUCUUCACUUCGAUCUUCAGGACUUGGUUCAGGACUGGGCCGUCAUGGUGCUCCUAUUGUUACUCAGAUUACGCAAACAAUGCAAAUUCCUCUGUCUUAUGCUGAGGAUAUUAUUGGGGUUGAAGGGAGGAGUAUUGAAUAUAUUCGUCGUAGUAGUGGAGCCUUGUUAACUGUACAAGAGAGCAGGGGACUACCUGAUGAAAUUACAGUGGAAAUAAAAGGCACCUCAUCACAGGUUCUGGCGGCUCAGCAACUGAUUCAGGAAGUUAUAGCAACCAGCAACAAGGAUCAAAUUUCGAGCAGCUAUGGCAGGAUGGAUACCGGUUUGAGGUCAUCCUACUCUCAGUUAGAUUCUACAUCCUACCCGUCCUCAUCAGUACCCUCACUACCUUAUGAUGUGUAUGGAAAUUCGGUUCCAUCACAACAACCUUAUGGAUCUUCUGGGUUGAGAGGAGGCUACAGCACGUUCAGGCUUUGAAUCAAAAUGGUAAUGAAACACUAAUGGUGGCUUCUCUACUUGGACUAAUUAUUUCCAAUUAUUUCUGAUUAGAGAAAAUUUAAUGCACCUUGGUGUAGUGUUUGUGAAGUGUCAGAGCGGGUUGGGAUCCCUUUCAGUUAUCUAAUAUCAUCAGAUUUGAUCUGUUGGUAGCUUUUCAGGUUGAUAAUCUUGAAGGGGGGAUAAUAGAAAAAAGUGUACUAAAACACUAGAAACUUUCCUCAUGUUUCAAAAAGUGUGUGCUUAGGUUAGUAGUGAGCAUUUUGCAGUCCUGUUUUUUUUCUUCUUAAAUUGAACUUUAUCUCCCAG